GAGUGAAGAGAGCGAAAAAUAGAACAGACCUUUUCACAUAAAUAAUAAUUGUGUAUCAAAUUGACCAAAAUUUUAAUUCAUGCAGUGAUAUUUUUGUUCAAAGUAUGUGUUGAAAAAUAGUUAUCUUUUCGAUAUUAUAUAUCUGACAGUGUGAUUAAAUCUAACUUUCCAUUUUGAUUUUAACUUAUUUUUCAGAGUUCGGGGUCAAUUUUUUGAGAUGAUAAGAACUCAAAAUCAUAACUGGACAGCAUCACAUAACAAAGAACUUCUCAGGUCAAUAUUGAUGACAGCAAGUGAUGUCGCUGCGAGCACUAACCCUGGAGGAUACAGCAGAAAAUUGCUGAACUAGUGACAAGUGAGUUCUUUGAUCAGGGAGACAUGGAGAGAAACGAACUCAAGAUCGAACCAACGUCUAUGUUUGAUCGAAGAAGGAAAGAUGAGCUCCCAGAAAUGCAGCUUGGUUUCAUCGACGGAGUCUGUAUACCACUCUAUGAGUCUCUCACCCAUGUAUCAACUAAGUUCAGACCGAUGCUGGACGGUGUCCGAGCAAACAGACAGAAAUGGUAUGAUCUGAAUGAACAAAGGAAGAGAAGGAAAAAGAGCUCUUAUCUCAACUCCAAGCAAGGGAGUGUUUAAUCUCAAGGAUAAAGGACUAUAGAAAUAAAAUAUGUUUUAUUUGUUAUAACGGUUACGUUUUGUUGACAAGGGCUAAUGAACAUCGGAAGUGACUACUGAAUGACCCCUGACCUCGCAUACAAGAAAGAACCGCUUCUGACGAAAGUCGAAUACCUGGAUGACAUGGAUUUAAUACAUGGAAUUGGAUUAACUCAAUUACCGGAAGUAAUGGGUGACCCCUCUAUCCAUGAAAGAAGCGCUUCAAGACCCCAAUCUUUUCGGAAAUUCGAAUACAUUGAUUAUUACUGGAAGUGGUAGCAAUCCUUUAUCCCGCUAGAAGGAACGUUCAUUUCAACAGUUUUUAGCGACAACAGAAAUUAUUUCUAUCAAUUCUACCUAAUCUUCAUUUGUAUGUUUUUAUGAAGAUUUUGGUAAAUAAAGUUUCAAUUCAAUUCCAAAAUAUUCAUUUCCAUUAUUAAAUAGUAAAUAUAACAAGAAACAUAAUUGUAAUUGUAUAUGAAUUUACAAAACACAUUAAAAGUCAAAGAUAUACAUCGGUAAUCAAUAAUAUUGUAAUAAAAUGUUCAAUAAAUAGAAAAAUCAUUGUUUCAAUAUAACUUUGGUAAUGAAACGAAUUACAGAUUAUAAUCAAAAUUUCGUGAGACUUUGGUAUGGUAGGGGGUGGAGGACGGGGGCAACUCACUCCCAUAGACUGCUCUAUGAAGAGCGGCUCAUAUCAAAAGAUAAAAGUUUCUGAAGAAUUUUGCAUAUAGACAAGGUUCAAUACUUUUAUAAAUUGAAAUAAGGAUGAAUACUAUUUUGCAGUUCUUUAUCAGAAACUGGAAGUUUCACGAGAAAAUGAUUUUGUCACAAACUCGUGAUAAAGAAACUACAUCGACCAUCUGAUUGUGACAUGUUUGCAUGGUCAGCCCCCCCCC